AUGACUGAUGAUCCCCUGGAGGUCCCACCGGCCAUUAAUGGCAUGGGCCCAUUACUAUUACUGGUCCUUGACGAACUUGAUUCAAUGAAAACCUUCUUCAUGGAAUGUAAUGCUCUUUUAAAGACUUUGACAUUAAUAGCGAAAAAUCUCAUGACAAAUAAUUCAUUGCUCCCAAUGGACAUUGUAGUUAAACCAAAUAAGGUGGACCUUGCUGGAAUCGCUGAGCCCGCCACUCAUCCAGUCCACCUAAAGAAAUCCAAGAAGUUCAAGAAACCAGUGAGGAAAAAUUGUUUAAAAAACUUUACCAUCGAGGACCGAUCUGAUAGUGAUCAUUUCCCUCUAUCGUUAAAACUCUCCUUUUCAAUCAGCUUCAUGACUGACCCCCAGACCUUCCCUGAUCCAGAGGCAGUCCUGGGCCUGAAACGUCGAAGUAUUGAAAUCAGAAAAAACCAGUCUGCUACUAUGGAGUUUACACUAGUCGGUCUCACUAGCUCUGCAGAAGUACAGACACUUCUCUUUGGGAUAUUCACACUCAUCUAUGCUGCUGCUUUAGUUGGUAACUUCCUACUCAUCUUUAUCAUAUGUAGUUGCAGAAAACUCCACACUCCCAUGUACUUCCUGCUCAUCAAUUUGUCCUUAGUGAAUGUAUUUUCCAUCUCAGUUACAACUCCAAAAUUGCUCCAGACUCUUUGGACCCACAGAAAGACCAUCUCUUUUUAUGGCUGCUUUACACAGGUGUUUUUGUUCAUAUGGUGUUUGGGAACAGAGCUUUUUAUCCUCUCAUUUAUGGCUUUUGACCGUUAUGCUGCUAUCUGCCAUCCUUUGCAGUAUACACUCAUCAUGAGGAAGGAAGUGUGUGUUGGUAUAGCCAGUGGAGUGUGGCUUGCUGGCAUAGCCAAUUCUGCUGUAAACGUUGGACUUAUGCUGAAGCUUUCCUUCUGCAACUCUAACAUAGUCAACCAUUUCUACUGUGAUAUACCCCCACUUUUAAAGCUUUCAUGUUCUGACACCAGCCUGAAUGAGUUGAUGGCUUUUGUGGCAGAUGUGAUCUAUGGGAUUUGUAGCUGUGGGUUAACGCUAACAUCUUACUUCUUUAUCCUGAGAGCUAUCUUGAGAAUCCGUUCCACUGAAGGGAAGAAGAAAGCUUUCUCCACAUGUUCCUCCCAUAUCAUUGUAGUCAGUUUUUACUUCUCUACAGCCAUUUACACAUAUAUAAGGCCCAGCUCAGACUACUCUCUAGACAAAGACAAAUUUGUUUCUCUCCUUUAUUCAGUGGUAACCCCAGUGGUGAAUCCACUCAUAUAUUCUCUGAGAAACAAAGAAGUAAAAGAGGCACUCAAGACAAUUACUGGAAGAGGCCGGCGGCUCCAGAGACCUCAAGAUUGA